UCCCAGCAAGUAUAAAAGUUCUAGGUUUCUUUCCAAACUCCCUCCCCUGAUCCCACGAAUCCCUCUCAAUGGAACCCACUUCUUGCCGCUACUCCCCUGUGGCCAUGGAUGAUUACUCCAAGAAGCUGGAGGACCGCAAGCUGCCAGGGCGGGUGGGGAUUGUGGGGGUCCUGCUGGGCCUACUGGUGGUGGGUCUGUUUGUGGCGGUCGGCGUUCUCGCUGCCAAGGCCAAUAGCCCAGCUUGCAAGGAUGGCCUCCGAGCUGAGCAGGAGUGUCGAAACAUCACCCACUUCCUGGAGCAGGAGCUGACCCAGGCCCAGGAUGCCUUGCGGGGCACUGAGGCCCAAGCUGCCACUUGUAACCAGACUGUGGAGACCCUGAAGAUUUCCCUGGAAGAGGAGAAGGCUGGGGGCCGCAAGCAACAGGAGCUGGUGCAGAAGCUUCAAGAGCAGAUCAAGUCAUUGAAUCAGUCGCUGCAGGACAAAUCCGCAGAUCUAGAUAAGAAAUCCGAGGAGCUGCAGAAAACAUCCACGGAGCUGCAGGAGAAAUAUGAGGAGGUGAAACAACUAAGACAAGAGAAGGAGGCCUUGGUCUCUGCCAAGUGCCCCCCCAACUCCGGGAUCAGCCUCCGUCUCUCCGUGACCCCUGUGCUCCUGACCCUGAGCCUCCAGGCCCUGCUGGCCUGAGGUCCCAGGAAGCCUGCAGGCAAAGCCAUUCUAACCUGGCUGAGCCCAGGGCCAAGGGGAUGAACCUCAGAAUGCUGUCCCUGCUCCUUCUCUGAGUCUCCUCUCAUCUUGGAAAGAUAACAACCUGGUCCUAAGGCACUCUCUCUCACUUGGCCGGUAUUAUUAUAAUAAAUUUUCAGAUACCAUUCAA